GCACGCACGGCACGCAUAAGACACGCACUGCCCCGCAUACGGCGUGAAAAAGAAGGAAAGAAAGAAAGAGAGUGAGUGAGAGAGAGAAAGAGGAACGACGUGACGUCGCGAAGACGAGAGGACGACGGCCCGUGGGCCGCCGGCGGUGGCAGUAGUGGUGCUGGAGGUGUCUGCGCUUGGACGACGUCGUCGCCUCGCGCACGAACGUCGACGACGUUGGCGACGACGGUGGCGAGGAGGAAGAGGUGGAAGCGUGGUGGCGAAGAAGAAGGAGAAGAAGAAGAGGAAGGAAAGAGAGAUCGCGCGGCGAUAACGUGAGGAGGAUGAUAACGGCGCCCGCGUACACCACCGCCGCCGCGACGUGGACGGCUACGACCACGACCUCGUCGACGACGAAGACGAAGAAAAAGACGAGGUCGAAACGGGAGGAAACGAAAGUCCCGUACGAACAAUCCAGCUGCGUUUAUACGUUCAGCCCCGUGAGCUCCGUGUGCUCCGUACGUGCCUGUGAUUCCCAGUGGUGUUUACCGAUGGCUAUUAAGCCCGUAGUGCGUUAAAACCCUCUCGUCGAUCUCUUCGGUGUGUGUGCGUGCGCGUGUAACCAAUAAAAUAACGUCGGAUAACAGUGCGCUACCGUGAGAGACCGUUGUACUACUUCCUCGGCUUUCCAGCGCGUGCUUUGGACCCAAAAAAAAGAGCGUGUACUUGUCUCGCUCGUGUAUUCGCGAGAGUGCUCCAUCUCGAUAUAAUACAGUGUACACCGCUGUCAUUUUCUAUCUCCCUCCCUAACGCGCCGCGUUCUCGUUCGCUCGCUCUCGCCUUCUCUCCGUCCCUCUUUCUCCCUCUCUCUCUCUCUCUCUCUCUCUCUCUCCUCCCCGUCUCGUCUGUCCCGUCUGUCCGACUUGGGUGCGUGUUUCUCGCGUGCCUCCUCGCCACACACGCACCCGGACUCUCUCUCCUCUUCCUCGACCACCGCGCGCGAUCGAUGUGACAUCGCGCCGUGCCGUUAAACCGUGCUCUCUCUCUCUCUCUCUUUCUCGUGCUAUCGCGAUAUCCGCGACUAACGCGUCGCGCCACGACGUGGAGACCAGAGAGCCGAGAAGACUCGUUCGACGAGACGCACAAGAGGAAAUAUAUAUAUAUAUAUAUAUACAUAUAUAUAUAUAUACAUAUACGGGGGAUCGAGUGAAGAGUGUGCGUGCGACAGUGCGUACUGCGUGCCGACGGCAACGUCUCCGUGAGUGCGUAUCCCGAGGCAGCACAGUGUGGUGCUGCUGCUGGUGCUGCUGCUGCUCUCUCUCUCCUAACUCCUCUCUGCCCUGUCCCUUCCCCGUCUCCCUCUACCCGCACCAUCUUUGCCUCUCGCCCCUCCAGUGCCCUGCGCCCCGUCGUCGUCCGCACGUCGUCUUCCUUUCUUCUCCCCUCGCUUCGCUUCCCUCUCGCUCCUCCCUGCCUCGGUUUUUCUUUUCCCUCGCUCCCGUCUCUCCUCCCAUCGGUUGAGACGACGACUGUAGAGAAUGCACGAGAACGCUGCCACGACCAUCGCUGCUGUCGUCUGCUCCCUGUCGUGUGCUCCCUUUGUCGUUGUCAUCAUCGCUGCCGCCUACCCUCGCGCCGUCCACGUCGUCGUAUGUUGAUCGUGGUAUCGCCGCGCGGCGAGUGAUCGCGACGACCCUCGAGUGAGGUAAAAGUGUCGUGUGUGCGUGGAGAUAGUUUGGUGAUCUCCGCUUGUGAAGAUGGAGAUCGAGGCGAAGCAGCGUAGCCAGAAGAAUCGGCGACGGGAGCGGGCGCAGCGCAUGCUGGCGCAGAGGGAGAGCCUGGCCACCGCGAAGCAGCAACAGUCGCAGCAGUCGCGACAACGGCCGCCGAACGACGAGGAGGACAGCCACAGCGGUGAGGACGAGGACCCCGCCGGCGGCGGCGGCGGCCUCGGACUCGCCGCCAAGACCGGUCAUCCACGGGACGGCCACUCACGACCGCCCAGGCCACCGCGACCCCCGAGGCCGCGCAAGAAGUCUUCCCUCGCGGCCGCCAACCAGAAGGAGCCACCUUUCGAGGAGGACAUUAUCGACGGAUUCGCCAUCCUCGCCUUCCGCUCCUACGAGGAACUCGAGAGUGCAAUAACGUUAGCUGGUAAAAAUAAUGUCAAGAAAAUACACACAUUGCUAUCGAUAGUGGACGAAAAACCAAAGCUGGAUACCGGACAGAAUAACAGGCACAACGAGCACCACAUCAAAAACAAUUUCAAGCACAAUCAUUACACACAUAAUUCCAUACUGACACCCUCGACGCUAAACCAGGGCCUAGAUGCAGGUACAAGCGACGAUAGUGGCAGAGCGUCUGAACAGUUGCACGGCCCUGGUAUACCUAGGGAUUGCCAGGACGCAGACAGUUCUAGGGACCAUCUCAGCGAUGCUAGCAGUCAUUGCAGUUCGGGUAAAGGUUAUAUCUGUGAUAGUGAAGGAGAAGACGAUAAGGGCUCGGAUGCCGAAUCUAUACUCUUUGAAUCUUCUACCUCACCACCUCUCACACGUAAAUACGAAUUGCCAUCUUCUUCGCCACACGUCUUACCACCCACAAACGGGGCAGGUGGAUCUCCACCGGACACGGGUGGUCAAACUUCUAAUCCAGCAACGAAUGCUCCGGCACCUAUACCACCUCCUGUGCCUGCGUCUGCACCAGUUCCAACAGCGCCGAGUCCUCCUAGCCCUACGUUGCCUCCACACAUAUCCCAGCCUUCUAUGACUAGUCCUUUGGCAGCGAAUCCACGUGCAAUAGCUCCGCAACAGCGGCCAGCUUCCCCCGCUCUGCCUCCACCCUCCCUAUCCCAGCAACCGCACACUACGAUACCUGCAUUACAUCCACCUAUUGGGCCUCUCGUCUCAAGUCACACAACUAGUCCAGCGGUAGCCAGUUUAGGUGUUACGCCAGCAGCACCAUCGAACGGAGCGGCCACUACGAGUUAUCCACCUCCCAUUCCUAUAGCCGCGUAUCCACAGACGCAACCAUCGUAUCCACCGCUCUAUACCCCGUACACCGCUCUAAAUCACAGCCCAUAUCUUCCGCCUGCGGUACCAUCCCCUUCUCAUUCUGCUUCAUCGCGCGCUGAUGUGAGAGGGAGUAGAGCUUCCCCCUGUACCAACAUAAGUAAACAGACUAUAGGAAACAACCUCGUGAGUCACAAUAAUACUCCACUGAGUGCUGCCACCACAACAUGCGUAUCCACUAUAACUAAUACAGUUACCACGGCAAAUACUAUCGCUCAUAGAGACAUGGUGGCCUGCAGUCUAUCCGGACGAAAUAAUAACUCUCCACGUGGACAUAGCCCCAGUCGGGAAAGGGAUAGUUACAGCAGUAACGUGAGUAGUCUAAGUCGGGGCAGCAUAACGCCUGUUAGUGUGCCAAACACCUCCUCGCCAGCCAAUUCUAGUCUACCUACAUAUACCAAGCCACAAAGUUGGAUUAGCAGCAACACAGCUCCCCAGUUGUCUCCAGCGACAGCUACAUCUGUUCCGAGGCCAACUCCACCACCGGUACCACUCGGCAUACCACAUACAUUUCCACCACCGAUGUUCGCAACGCCUUUACCACCGCCAGUGUCUAGCUCAAGCCCCCAUACUUCACUGCCCUCGCUUCCCCCACCGACGACCAAUCCCAAUCCGUUUUCUGCAGAGUCUCUGUUCCAAACAAAAGGGGUGACACAUGUUGCAGGUCAGGCUGAUCUUCUGAGGAGAGAACUCGAUAAUAGAUUUUUAGCGUCUCAAGACAGAAAUGUUGGUGUUGGAGUGGGAAAUUUGGGUCCAGCGUAUCUUCGAACGGAAAUGCAUCAUCAUCAACAUCAACACACGCAUGUGCAUCAGCACACGACACCGUUGCUGCCACCAGCUGCAACAUCUACACUUUUUCCACCUCCAAUUUUUAAGGACAUCCCAAAAUUGGGAGGAGUCGAAUCACCAUUUUUUCGUGGAAACUUAAACCUUUCUGGUUAUUCCGGUUUUAACACUGGCCUUCUUCAUCCCGGAAUUGGACCGCCUUCUACACCUUUUGUGCCCCCUAAUCACUUGACUCCGUUUGCGCCAAAGAAAAGUGGAAAGUGGAAUGCGAUGCACGUGCGUAUUGCGUGGGAAAUAUAUAAUCAUCAACAAAAGCAACAGGCUGAAGCUAAAGCGGGAAGUGUCGUUAGUACCAAAACUGAGUUAUUAAGACCACCGAGCCAUCUUUAUCCCGGGGGACCAGCCAGUGGUCUUGGACUCGGUGCACCAUCAAUGGCACCUCCGUUUUCCACUAAUAUACCAUCUGCCCAUCCUGCACCACCUCCACCACAUCCUGUCGGUUUUCUUUCUACGACGGCCUCACAUUUAGGUAAUAGAGGAGCAGGAUUGUCUCCCUUUGGAAGAUAUCCUUCAACGUUCGGCGCGCCGAAUCCUAAUUUUCCAAACCUUUCAACUUUUCCGCCAAGAGAAAUGCCUCCUCUAGGUGGACUUGGUUCAGUACACGAUCCAUGGCGAGGAUUGCAACGCGCUACUACUGGAUUUCCACAGACUACUGUUUCGUGGGGAUUGAAACCGGAACCUCCUGCGAUAGACAGGCGCGCCGAGCUGGAAGAACGGGAGCGCGAGCGUGAACGGGAAAGAGAACGCGAACGAGAGCGUGAACGUGCCGAACGGGAACGCGAGCGUAUCAGACGCGAAAGAGAACGGGAGAGGGAGAGAGAGGAACAACGUGAGAGAGAAAGGCGGGAACGCGAGAAAGAGGAGAAGAGGAAACAGCAGGAAGCGGCCGAACGGGAGCGAGAAAGGCGAGAUAAGGAGCGCCGCGAGAUGGAAAGACGUGAGAUGGAGCGCGAGAGACUACUUCAUCAGAAUCGACAACAUGUGGUUGCUUCCCGAGAUCGUUCGCCGCUCAGGAACGGUUCGGCGCCUUUGGAUACUGGCGAAGUGCGCGUAAAGGAAGAACCUCGCAGUAAAGACGACGAGGUUGUAAUGCUUCCACGACCGCCAGUACCCGGUCCCGGAACGACGGGGCCCGCGCCAGGACCUGGACCAAAUCCACUGCCCGAUCCGAGAUACCACCCGCAUCCACAUGCUUAUCUUACGAGGCAUCCACACGGUAUGCCAGCUUCGCAUUCUAUGCCACGUAGCAUGCUUCCCAGUUUAAGCGCACAUCCGAUGCAGCAUUUUCCACCGCCAACUGCGCCUGCCGGUCAACCGGGAGCCCCUUGGCCGAGCGAUCCUUUCCGGGAAUACCGGUUCGAUACGCUGCAACAGUUACGAUAUAAUCCGUUAGUGGCGGCGUUCAGAGCUGAAGAAGAGGAACGAGCAAAACUGUACGCCGGCUAUCCUCCACCGCCGGUGAAUACACUCAGGAGUAAGGACCCUAGUCCAGGUCCGCUUAGUAACUUGCAUAUGCAUCAUAGAGCAGGACCUGGUCCAGGAGUACCGACACGUCCACUCGAAAACGCCCUCAUGCACGCGGAUAUUCACAAGAAAGAAGAUGGAUCGCAGUCCCGAUGAUACUUUGUUUCGGCGUCCUCGGUUUCUGCGAGCGAACGCACUGACGGUCCGACUUUUUGAGCACCCCAUCCAGUUAACAUUCGGAGUUUGGUGCUGAUAUUUUGCUAACAGAAAAAAGCGUUAUUUAAAAAAGAAAGUGUAAAUAGAUACUAUAUAUAUAAUAUAUAUAUAUAUAUACAUACAUACAAUAUUUAUAGUUAUCGAGAGAAAAAGUACAGAAGCGCGUAUAAAACUAUGAGAAAACGUAACGAAGAUGCCUUGCUACCAAUGUCGGUGUUCCACCAAUAAUGGUGGCUAAAUGAAUAAUGACAUUUUGUGAAAUAAUUACGGAGGCAUCGCUGAUGUAUCACAAAUGAUAAUGCUAUUGUUAUGUGAUUUCUGCAGUUUCAGUGAUCUGACUGUCUGUAGUGGUAACGAGCUCUAAUUAUUACGACGAUAACUAUGCGUACAUUUUAAAAAGUAUCGUGUGUAAUGUUAAUAGUUAUUAUAGAACGUGAGGCGAUGGUUACGUAAAAAGAAAAAAAAAUGAAUCCAAGAUAGAAGAGAAAAAGUU